UCGUUAGCACGAACAGUAACGGUAACAGUCUUCCAGUGAAGACUCUGCCGGGUGCUCUCUCCACGCAUUAUCUCACUCAGUUCUCAGAACAGCUCUGAAGUGGGGUACCGUGGUGCAGGAAAGCGUUGAGCACGUGAUGAGGCUCACUAAAGGUGAGCUGCCAUUGCUUUUUUAUUGGAUGAGAAAUACCAAAUGCCUUAAUAAUUGCGAGAGAGGGGAGACUGAGACCACCUCUCAGAGGUGUGUGAGAGAGGGAGGGAGAGAGGGGGAAACCACCAAAUGUUUGUGAGAAACGGUUGGGGCUUCAAGAUGUUUUCACUGGUCACACAAUUUCAGAAGAUCUGGGUGUAGGCACUCCCCAACGCUGCUUCAUGAUCUGGAAGGGACCAACACAGCUUGAUUCCAGUUGGCCUGAAAAGAAUGUUAUUAUUUGCAGUUUUUCCCUUGUUUUUCUGGACUGAUGAAGUGGGUUCUCCUUCCUGGAGUUCCUUUAAGGGGGGGUGGGGGGAAUGGGAGGUACUUCCUGAAGGUGCCCUUGUCCUGCCCCCAGCCCUGCCCAGUUCUUGUAAAACCUUUCUGAUCUGCUGUGUCAUUUCUUUCUUUCGUUCUUGUACAAGGACUGGUUUCUGCAAUCUGGGGCAGGAUGAAUUUUUAGAUGUGAUCUACUGGUUCCGACAGAUCAUUGCUGUGGUCCUAGGUGUCAUUUGGGGAGUCUUACCAUUGCGGGGUUUCUUGGGAAUAGCAGGAUUCUGCCUGAUCAAUGCAGGAGUCCUGUAUCUCUACUUCAGCAACUACCUACAGAUAGAUGAGGAAGAAUAUGGUGGCACAUGGGAGCUCACAAAAGAAGGGUUUAUGACAUCUUUUGCCUUGUUCAUGGUCAUUUGGAUCAUUUUUUACACUGCCAUCCACUAUGACUGAUGGUGUACAGACCCCACCUACUCUCUGUCUGGUCCAAAGGACCCUCGUAGUUACAGCACAGAAACAUGAUUGUAGGGGCACCCCAGCCACGUGGAACCUGGAAGACCCAUGUUUCCUGGACCAAGAAUCAUUGUGUUGGGCAUCAGUGUUUUCUGCAAGGGUUGUGAUCUGAAACUUUUUAAAGAACCAUCCGCCUUUUGGGGAAGCAUUUCUGAAUUGUCCAUCACCAACCAUUCCUUCUUGGAUAUCAUCAUGAAACACCUGUUUGCUGAUCGGAGCUGUCAUUUAAUUUGAUGCACCUCUGGAUCCGGAUGAAACAUUAAAUUGUCUUCCUCACUUCUCCAUCAGGUGUACAGUUUUUAAACUAUCAGUGGCAUUUCAAGUCUUCUGAAAACAGAGUGGCGGUAUGUGCGUGGUCCAUAGCACAGUACAAGCAGCAUCUAAUAAGUUUUCCUUGUAGAACGUUUUCGGGUACUUGAAUAAAUCAAAUCUUUAAUUGAGAA